CGAAUUAUUGGAUCCGAAUUUUCUUGUAUUUUCUUUAAUUUUUUUAUAAUAUGGGUUUUUUAAAGUAUAUGUGGUUACUGGGGAGAAAGGAUAUAAACAAAGAAGAUAAAAAAUCAAAAAAAAGACAAAGUUUAGUACAGCUUGUACCAUUAAUAACUUUACCGAAAGGAAAUAAUAAUGAUCGAUCAGGAAAAUCUUCGCAAAAAUCUAGAAAGAAAUCAUUAUCAAUAUCAUCAACAUCAUUAAAAAGAACUUCAAGAUAUAAUAAAAAUGGUACAAGUGGAAACAUUGAACCUAUAAAUAUUUCUUCAGUAUCUUCGUCAAUGAAAAGCGGACCGUCAUCGCCGAGAUCACUAUCAUCACCAAAGUCUCUUACAUCGCCAUCAUCACUUAGUGGAAAGAAAUUAGUUGAUGUUAUGUCAGAUGAAAAAGAGAAUGCAUCAAUAACCAGUUCAUUAAAUUCUUCAGUAAUCAAAAGACGUAAACGCGGCGAUAAAAAAGGUAAAAAUGCACAAGAAACUCAAGAAGGGCGAGAAGAUAAUGGAAAGGAGAGAAUGAACUUUUUGUUGGAGCUAAGAAGGAAAAUGUGGUUUAGUGGCGGUGGUAAUGGUGGUAGUGGUAGCAGUGGUAGUAGUAUUGGAAGUAGAAAUAGUAUGGUAAGUGUUGGAAGUGUUGAUAGUAGUGGAGAAGAAAAAACAUUGGAACAAUUAAGAAAAGGAAAUUAAUUAUAAUACGAAUUUCAUUGAUUUAAUUGUAUAUUAACUAAUAUUUAUUAUUAUGUUUUUAUUAUUUGUAUUUUAGCUAAAGUUAUAUUAAUUCUAUUAGUAAAUAAUUAUUAUUUUGUUUUUUUAUGUUUGAAUAAAGUCAAUAAAACAUUGUAAUUUGAUGAGUGUAAUUCUAAAAAUUAUAUUAAGUAUUAGAUUUCUUUAAUUCAUCAUGAUUAUUGUCAUA